AUGGGCCCAGAAAGCCGGAGCAACGUUGAGCGCCAGACUCGGCGCAAACCAGUACCGUCCUAUAUUCCGCCUUUGGGAUACGAUGAAGCUUUGCUUCUGGCUUCCGCUGACACGCAAGCGCAAAGUUGGGAACCAGCAGACAUGAAGUCGAACUCACUGAGGGAAAAUUCACAGCAAGCCUUUGCGAAAGGAACAAAUAAUAACGCAACAUUCGGGGUGCGUGAAAGCGAAUAUGAACUGGUAACAACAGACGAAAAUACCGGAGAAAGGAGACUGCCUACGCAAAGAUCACGUUCGAUAUUUUAUAUCCUGCAGGGUUGGUGGCCAGAGCUUGUGUGGUCUCUCGUGAGCAUUUUGUGCCUUGUUGCGCUCGUUACGGUGUUGAGCUCCUACGACGGCAAGCCUCUGCCGAACUGGCCUGCAGGGUUCACACUUAACACUGUCAUCGCCUUCAUAUCAACUGUAUGCCGCACAGCAUUUGUCCUUCCAGUAGUGGAGGGCUUGUCGCAAUACAAAUGGAACUGGUACAAGUCCCCAAGGCCUCUGGCGGAUUUCCAGAUUUUCGACCAAGCCAGUCGAGGCCCAUGGGGCAGCUUGAAGUUGUUGGUUACUACCAAGGGCAGAAUCGUGGGUCUUAUGUCUGCAAUCAUUCUGGUGUCGGGGAUCGCGACCUCGACACUUACGCAGUCUAUUGUCACAUACCCAACCCGACCAAUUGCCCUAGCGCAGAAUGAUAGCGCACUCACAUUGAGAAAUGAAGGAUACUUCUGGGCAACUGCAAACCAAAAUGCAGUCAGAGAUAUUAUGUUUCCAAUAAACCAAGCCAUUCCCCGUAGCCUCAAUACGCCGCCGGAUGAGGUUAUGCCGUACCAUCAAGCAAGCUGCCAAACUAAUAACUGCACGUGGCCACUCUUUACCUCACUUGCUGUUUGCGUGGAUAUGAAGAAUGUUACUGACCUCUUAGAAACUGACGGCGACCCUACUGCGCCCGGCACGAACGCUACUCUCCCCAAUGGCGUAAACAUGCAACGAAGCAACUAUGGGUAUGGCAACAUGAACAUCUCCACAGGCACUAGUCUAUCGUAUAACGGCACCGAGAUUUUGGAGGCGAAACUUUUCAACUUCUUCGUCUUGAAUGGUCCCACACUACGAGCGACGGAGAUCAUGAUGCACUGGUGUGUUAACACCUACAACGUCACGGUUCAAAAUAAUGUACCAAUUACCCAGAAAGUAGCGUCAUACACGAAGCCCAACACUGGAGAGGUAUUCGUGAAGAGUUAUAACAGGACAAUCAACGGUACUUAUUUGACCUCGCCGGAUAGCCCUGGGGCACAAUAUGUUGCGGACGGGCUGGGCCUCAGUGAGAUUGCAACAAGUCUUUCGAAAACAAUGGAAGGAUACUACAUCGACUUGGGUUCAUACGACUUCGAUAACGGUGUGGGAAUUUAUGCCACAGCCCUUUCACGCGCAAAAAUUGGCAUAAACCCAAGGAACGAAUCUCAAAAACUAGACGAUGCCCAGUUUGAGACGCUGAAGAAUCUCACGCAGAACAUAGCUAGCGGAUUAACUAAUGCGCUACUCACGACAAAUGAAAGUGGAAGCGCUUGGCAAGAUGAGCGAUUUGUGGAAAUACGUUGGCCAUGGCUGUCGUUGCUAGCGGCCCAGGUUGGGCUUUCGAUCUUGACGCUUCUCAUCAUCAUCAUACAAACUGCAGGCUUGGAUAUUGAUAUUGUGAAAGGAUCACCACUACCGGCACUGCUUGCUAUCACCCCAGAAGAUAAGAGUGCCCUCUUGAGAGAAUCCCAAGAUAUAAAUGUGUAUAGAAAAGACAUGGAACUGCAAGUUCCGCACCUCAGAGCACAUGGCAUUGUUGGAGGCCUAGAGAGAAGGGGGGAAGAAUGGGUUCUUAGAAAUGCUGCAAGGUAA